AAAUAUCCAGGCAAAAAAAAAAUAUCCCAAAACCUAAAUUUGAGCAUCUAAAUUCUACAGUUUUAGCGCUAAUUGGUGGCAUAAUUUUUAAGUAUUAAUCAACCUACGGCCUACCGCUGCAAUGGAGAUGAAACAGAUCAUACAAACAGAGGAGACCGACGCUGGACCCGUUCGGUUACCGGUGGACAGCGAAACUCACACGUUCGACGAUUGGACCAUUGCGUACACCAAAUCGCACAUUCUGAAGAGCGUUUGCACCAACGACAAUAAAUGUGUCCAGGGGGAUGAAAACUGCUGUGAACUCUGCGUAUACAACUACGCCUUGGACUUGCCGCACCUACCGGAUAUGGUGUUUCACCGGAAUGUUCUCACCAUCAGUCACAAGGAUGGAGCGUGUCUGCAGUUUAAUCCGAUGGACGCCCUCAAGUUGGUUCGGAACGAAAAACUCGACCUGAAGGUAGCCUGUUCGGAGGAAUGGAAGGAGAGCCGAUCGGCGGCGGAUACCCAGGAGAAGGUCAAACCCUUCGAUUGGUCCUUUACGACCGAGUACAAGGGCACCGUAAACGAGGGGAUUUUGGUGGAGCAAACCGACCAGAAGAUCGAUAUGUUCAAACUGAUGAGAAGGGAACCGAUUCUGUUCUACCACGACUUGACCCUGUUCGAGGACGAACUGCACGAUCACGGGAUAUCGGUGCUGUCGGUAAAAGUGCGAGUUAUGCCAUCCGGGUUCUACAUCCUUCUGCGUUACUUCCUACGCGUGGAUCACGUGCUGAUACGCAUUAACGAUACCCGUUUCCACUACGAGAAAGCCAAUAGUUACAUGCUGAGGGAGUACACUCACCGGGAGGCGAAGGUUGAACAGCUGAAGCGUGUUCCACCGGCCCUGUUCACCAGUCCGAAUGAAAUUGCCGAGCAUCUUCCGGUGGUUUCGAAGGUUACCGAAAAGUUGACCAUCGCAACCAGUUCUGUCAACGAUGAGAGCGUGGAAAUGUCAUCGUAAAUCAGAAAACUAAGACCCAUCGAACGGUCUCUUUUUAGCGUUACAUAAGUGUAUUUUUAGCAUUAUCCGCCUCGGCGUCAGAUUGUGUAUCA